AACGCAAUCUUAAGCAAUCUUGAAUGAAACUCAACACCAACACAAUGUCCAAUGUUUAAUUUAAAUUAUUGCCAAAAACACAAAAAAAAGACUCCAAGAACACAAACACACGAGGAUCAAAUUUCACGUUCACUUUCCAUUAGAUAACGAUCGCGUUUUUCGCCUCUCGUUGUGCGGCUUAGAUUUCAUGCACCAGCGGGUCGAUGCCGGCCGGGGUGCAUGGCAUGGUUGGCUUGUCGAUGCAGGUGAAGGAAUCGACACGAAGCACAGCAGCAGCAGCAGCAGCGACAAAAAAAGUGUGACAAUCGCGUGGCCACAUUUCAAACGCAGAAGGGUGCGCUCAAUGAAACGGCAUUAAACGAGGUUAAAGUCACACUUAAUGAAGGUACAGCGAGAACCGUUAAGGGUUGAGUCGCCAUGAGCACGUGUGAAAAAUUCUUUUCGGACGGGAAAAUGCCUUUAAACAAACGUUCUUUUUUCUUAAUUAAAUCAAGCCCGAUGUAAAUCAUCCCUUCCACUAGUGACUUUAUUUCGACUCAGUAUCGCUGCACUUGGGCAGCACUGCAAAGGGACGCCUCGGUGCGGUUAUAAUCAAAAUCGCAAACUGGUUCGCCCAAGAUGCCCCGUGUACGGUCAAAAACCGACCGACCGACCGGUGCCAGCUAACUCUCUUUAAUUGGCUUACGUUCAUUGUGCGUUCUUGUUGCGUUUAUUUUAGACCGAACGACCUUGUGUGCGAGGAACCUGAUCCCCAGUAUGUCCAGUAUGCCCGGUUGGAUUUCGGACCGGACGACAGAUGCUGUCGUUGACGGGGGUAGCUCAUACGCGUCACUGUUUUGUUCGACCACCACUCACCACCGUGGUUGAAGUAAUGUGACACCUGAACGAAGCGGGGUCACCAGCGUGGUUCGUACGCGAUUUCCCGGCGAAAGAUUUAAUGUCGUCCUGCACCAGCGUAAUGAUCCCGUGCCGCAUUAGGAGCGAUUGUAAUCGGCGUGCCGUUAUGAUAAAUCAAUAACGAUAAUUGGCCUCACACACCCCCCCGCGGCGUUUGUUCAGCGACCGCGUCUAUACAUAUUUUACACCAUAAUGAGGGAGAUGCUUUUGUUUCGUUUGUUUCCGUGCUCAAAACAAGGGUAUAAAUACGCCUGACCAACCUCCCCCGCCGGGACAUCGGCCGGGACACCACCGGGUCCUUUUCUGUGGUUUGCGCAUCCUUCCAAUCACGUCAGUCACGGAAUGCCCCGGCCGGCGAGCGCUUGUGUGGCGACAGUGCUGCUGCUGCAGCUAUUAGUGACCGUGCCUCAAAUCGCCGGUGACAUCCCGGUGGACGAGUCCGAACACGAGCAGCUGCUGUCGGUCGUGCCGUGCAUUAGACGGCUGUGCGAGAAGUACUUUCGCUCGGAACGGGCGAUGAAGGGUUCGCUCGCGAUCAUCAACAUCAAACCGGAUGCGUCCGAGUUUCAGCGCCACAUACUGCGCUCGUUCAAUGAGAAUCCGCGGCACGAGCUGGGCGUGAUGGUGAAGGACGCUAGCCGGCCGCACUGGAACGCAUCGCACGUGACGGAGAAGGCCAAAAACUAUCUGAUGCUGAUAGCGGACUCGUCCGCGUUGGCGGCUCCGAUCCGGCAGCUGCGGCGCCUUCCGACCUGGAACCCGCUGGCCCAGGUCGUGGUGCUGUUUACGGCCGAGCUGACACCGCUCGUGUUCGAGAUCGAGGUGCGCAAUGUGCUGCAGGAACUGUUCGACAAUUCGGUGCUGAACGUGAACGUGAUGGUGCAGCGGUACAACACGUCGGUGCUGGAGGUGUGGACCUGGUUCCCGUACGAGAGUGGGGGCUGUGCGGAUAACAUUGACCGGUUGCGGCUGGUGGACGAGUGCGAGUACGUGCUGCAGGAGGCGGAACCGGAGCGAAACGUUCGUGCGGCGUGGGUAUUCCGUGAGCGGCACUACUUUAGCGACUACGGACCGAAGAUACCGAAGUACUACAACUACUGUCCGCUGAAGGUGUCGACGAGCAUCUGGGAACCGUUCGUGGUGGGCAACGCGAGCCACAUCGAGAAGGGUCUGGAGGUGCUGAUGCUGGACGCGAUUACGGCCCGGAUGCGGCUGGUGCCGGUGUUUAGCGUAAUCGAGUCGGCCCUUACGACCGCUCGCAUUACGGCGGACAAUCAGACGGGUUUGUAUGCGGAUGUGUUGCAGCGGCGGACCGAUCUGAUGAUUGGCGGAUUGCAUGAGAACCCGAUCAGUCGCAAGCUGCUGUCGGCCACGAUUCCCUACUACCAGGACGACCUGACGUGGUGUGUGCCGACGGCGCGGCACGCACCGAAAUGGCUGAACGUGUUCAUCAUCUUCAACGUGUGGACGUGGCUGAUCGCGAUCGGGAUCAUCUUUGCGGCGGCCGGGCUGCUGUAUCGGUUCAACUACGUCGAACGGCUGUACCGGGUCAAUUACACCUGGAUGUUGCUCCAGUCGCUGGCGUUCUCGCUCAGCGUGUACGCACACUACUGGCCAAGGCGCGUCUCGAUACGGCUGUUCCUGAUCGGGUACAUGUUUUACGGGCUGCACUGGAACGCGGCCUACCAUAGCUUUCUCAUCUCGGUGCUGACGCGCCCCCGGUACGAGCCUCAAAUCUCCACCAUCCAGCAAGCGAUCCAGGCCGGGUUUGGGUUUGUGGGGGCCGAAAAUACGCUCGGCCACUUCGACAAACCGGAUGCGGUGUCGCGCCACAUAGCGGGCGCGUACCGGGUGUGCCGAAAUCUGGACGAAUGUUUGGGCCGAUUGCGUAGCGAGCGGACGAUCGCGAUCGCGAUGAGCCGGGCACACUCGAGCAAUAGCCGUGCGAUCGGUGAGGCUGAGCUGUACUGCUUCCCGAAGGCGGAGAACAUCUACACGUACUCGGUGAGCAUGCUGGCGAAGAAGGACUUCCAUCUGCUGCCCAAAAUCAACGAACUGAUCCGGCGCAUCAGCGAGUCGGGCCUGCUGGGCAAGUGGCAGAAGGAGAGCGAAAAGAUCCGCAUCGACGAGGACCAGGAGGAGGGUGGGGGCGGGGGCGGAGGGGGCGGGGGUGGCGAGAGGAGUGGCGAGGGACAGACGAUCUUGCGGUUGGAUCAUAUCGAGGGUGCGUUUUAUUUGGGGGCCGCCGGGCUGAUCCUCGCGCUGAUCGCUUUCAUCGGUGAGCUGUUUUACUAUCUGGCCAAGCGCCGGUAUCGAUGGCGAGACAAUCUGCUCGAUCGGUUCCUACUGUAAAAGGGUGGGGUGGGGGGUGGGGGUGGUGGAGUGGAGAGACAAGAGGAGAACCGUAGGGGUGCCUUUAGGCGCGUGCCAUGUGAAAGGAAGUUAGUGACCUUGUGCAAACGAUCGAAUGCUCGCGCUCUCUUGUAAGGAACUCGUGUUCAAGAUAUGGUGCGUUGGGUUUGUUGAUGCCUUUCAGCGAGGUCUACUGCGUGUGGAUGUGUGCGUGUGUGUGUGAGAGUUGUUGGUUUUUUGUGCUACUAUUUGGACGAACAAUAAGGCGGGCGCGUGCGGAUUCGCAUAAAUUCCAUGGUGCGCGCCGGUUCCCUAUCGCGGGCUUAAGAAGGUCCGAUUGGAUUGGGUACUGAGCUGCCAAACUGACGCAGCAAAACUGUUUUUGAUCCAUAUGCACACACACACACACACGAAAAAGCAUUCGAGGAACGGCGGUGGAACGCGUUGUCAUAGCCUCGUGCUGAAGCAAUUCAAGCUGUAGUGGCACUGGCGAGCGGUAAUUAGUGCCGUAGCAGCGUCGGUCGAUUUCCGGCCGGAUUUGGUGCAAAAUGCGGAACGCAAAUUCCGCUCGAUAAGCACGCCGAGAAACAAAAUGAGUAUUCAUGUUUGGCUUGUGAGUUAACAGAAGGUCCCUCGGACUCCAUCCUCCAUCCUGCCUCGGGUCUUCGUUUAGGGUGCGGAAAAUCUCUACACACCCGCCCACGGACACCAGUGAGUGGCAAGGGGGGGAUUGUAGGAAAUCUUGCUACCCAGGUACUUACCAGUACUCACACCCGCUGGUACUACCAUUGAAUGUUUGUGUGUUCCUUGCUGUGGCGGGUUGCCCUUGGGCGGAAGUAAGAGAAGAGAAUGGUUCGAACGAAGCGGAUUUUACAGGUGUUCGAGCUGGCGGGGAAUUGGUGUUUGAAUCUUGGUUCGAUUCGAAAUCGAUUAUGUGUGCCUUUGAACAGUACCAGGAAAAGGUAUUCGAAUGUGCACGGGAAGAACUAUUUAUGUACAGAGUUGUAACAGUAUUUUAAAGAAAUGUCAAUAAAGUGUUAAUUAAUGUUGCCAAAUA